AUGGCGGACGCGCUGGAACCCCUCAAAGGCAUCAUCCACCGCAUGCGAGGAGCCGUCUCCCGACGCAGACCCGGCGAGAUCAGUGGAUUAACAGUAGUUCAUGAUCCCGCAAAUGCAGAGAUAGACAUUGUUGCCGUUCAUGGCCUUGGUGGCCAAGGCUUCCGUUCAUGGAUUACCUGGGACCCGAGGGGCGGCAAAUCCAAGUCGUGGCUUGAGGAGCUGCUAGGCGCUGACAUUCCCAAUGCUCGAAUUAUGACCUAUGGCUACAUCUCCGAUGGUAUCAGCUAUAGUUAUGUCGUUCGCAAUAUUGUCUACGGCCGUGCGCUCCACCUGGCCAAGGUCCUCACCGCCAAACGUCAGCAGGACAAGGCUAACCGCCGGCCGCUGUUCUUCAUCGCUCACAGCCUGGGCGGAUGGAUUGUGAAGCGGGCGCUUAUUAUCUCGAGUGAGGCUGCCAGCAUGGAGUUGAAAGACAUUGAGCUGUCCACCUGCGGCGUGGCCUUUUUCGGAACUCUUUCGCCUGGCCGUCCGUCGUCACCGUCCCCGCUGGCGAAUGUUAUCCGCAGAACCACUUCAAACCUAGCUGACUAUGACGUCUCGCGUGCUGAGAAGGCUUCCUCAUCUCAAGAGCGUCUUGCUAACGAUGUCGAGUGGCUGGAGCAUCAAAUGGAGGCUUUUAAAGCCAUCACGGCCAAUUUACCUAGGCUAUCCUUUUACGAAACCAAGAAAACCCAGGAUGGAUACGUUGUGGAACAGAGGCAUUCCAUGACUGGAUCGGAUGGUGCACAGAUUGCGCUCAAAGCUACUCACUCGGAACUUAUCAGGUUCCAUGGGAGAGAUGCCAACUAUCAGACCUUUAUCGAAAAUUUCCGAGAGAUGGUAGAUACAAGCAUCUCCUCCGGGUUGCUUGAAUCGAAACAGAGGGCCUUUGACUUUGCUGCUGUGCACCGUCUCGAGUAUCUGGCCCGAGGUUACUCGAUCCCCUACCGACUCCCUGGUGAGCCACGUGCCAUCAUUGCUCGGCAAGAUCUUCUUGACAGGUUAGAGCACAUCCUCACGCCGGAUGUCGAUCCCAUAAUUGUGAAACUCGGGAUAGUUAGUCUUUGGGGCUUGGCAGGCACAGGCAAAUCCACACUUGCCAGACAUUAUGCGGAGAUCAAUCGAGAAAACCUCUCCUUUGUCUUUUGGAUUAGAGCAGAAAGCUGGCAAACCGCUGCAGCCAGCUAUCUAGAGUUUGCAAACACCAUCGUGGAACACUAUGCCAAGGACACAUCAAGAGGCCAGGUCGAGAACGACUUGGGAUUCGCCGGCGUCGAAGACAUGUUGAAGGUGAAGAGCAUCAUGCACUUGGACCCAUCUCGCGUCAGAUCUGUUGUGCGCUCUGUGAAGGACUGGUUGCUUCGCCCAGAAAAUACCCGGUGGUUACUCAUCUUCGACAACGUCGAGCCAUCCUACGACAUUUUCGAUUUCAUCCCGCUAACACUGUCUGGUAAAAUCAUUUUGACAUCCCGGGACAGCAACUGUUGCUCCUGGGGAAUAAAACUCCAUGUUGACGCUAUGGAGGAAGAGGAGUCUAUCAACCUUCUAGAUGCCAUUGUGGGAGGCAAUGCCUCGCAAGACCCAAUUCAAGCCGAAGCAGCCUCUCGAGUUGUCCAGCACCUUGCGUACCACCCCCAAAACAUAGCCAUGGCGGCUUCUACCAUUCGAAACAAGGGCCUGAGCAUUCUAGACUACCAGGCCAUGGUUGAAGCCUCAAUGCCUAUGACCUUGCUUGGAUCCACUCUUCACCAAUCUCCAUUGACAAAGACAGUUUUGCAAAUCAGCGCCAUGCUGUCGACAUCCAUCAUACCGGUUGCGUUGUUUAGUGCGACCUCGUAUGUAAAACAGGUCCCAGAGCGAUUCAGAUCCAUCCUUGGGGAAAUGAGAGCAUUCCAAGAGUCCGACCAUUUAGACGAUGUGCUACAAUAUCUUCUCGACCAGAAUUUUAUUCAAACCCCAAGCACCCCGUCUGACACGGCCUCGUCCCUCGUUCCUUCAUCGCCAUCCUCGCUUCCCUCUUCUCAAACAUCAACAUACUUUGAUGCCUUUGUGGUCGAUCCGAAGGCUCGAGACUUCGUUCGCGGGAUGUUGUCAGAUGAAGAAAAAGUCGAUCAUGCAUGGAUGGCAUGUAACGUCUGCGUUGAUGGGAUCAGAAGAAAAGAAGCACAAUCAACCAAUGUCCAGGAGAUCCAUGACUUUGGCAGGAUUAUGGGUCCUCAUGCCAAGACAUGUUUUGACGACUGGUCAAGCAUCCUAGAAGCGUCGGCUGAUGAAGACGAUGUUGCCUGGCACGUCCUGGGCGAGGUGUGCAUGAUGCAGGGAGCGAUCGAUCAAGCUAUCGGAUGUUUCGAGCUAUCACUCCGACAACAGUCGAACCAAAUGGACGUAAAAGAGCGCAUUCAAGCUGCCUUGUUCCUGUCGUCUCUAUUACAGCAGACGGGUCAGUACCGAAAAAGCAGUGAUGUCCUCGCUGACAUUGACAUUGCCUCCAUCGACCAGGCACUCGGCUUCAAGGUUGCGCUAGCUCGAGCAUCGGCUACGGCAGCGCAGGGUGAACUAGACUGCGCAGAAGACCAGUACGAAACACUUGAGCUCGAGCAGGAAGAGGCACUCGGACCGCUCGAUAUUGCUACCGUGGGAACGGUUCAUAAGCUUGCGUCGACGCUCGAGCGAAGGGGCAAACCGGAGGAAGCGCAGGCUCUCUACCGCCGAGUGUACAUUUCGUAUCAGAACAUUUACGGCCACAACGACCGUAUGACUCUGGAUGCUUUAGAUGACUUGGCCAACAGCUACAAGGAAAGCUUGGCUCUUGAUGAAGCCGAAACACUAUACAAGCAAUCAGUCGAUAUUCGCACGCGCACCCUCGGGGCAGAUCAUCCCCAGACAGCGUACGCCAUUCAAAACCUUGCCGAGAUUGACGACCUUCGCAGUCGGUAUGCCGAUGCCAAGACAAAAUACCAACAGACACUCGAUAUUAUCGCCCCUACCCUUGGCAAAGCCCAUCCGUGGUAUACCACGACGCUACAAAAAAUGGCAUUUUCCUCCCGCCGGCGGGGACACUUCCUCCUCGAUAGUCCACUGCCCACUCGGCCCCCCAGCUCGCGUACAUCAUCCAUAUCGGGGCGCAGUAGGGCAAUCAAAGUCAAGGAAGAAGCAUUAUCAAGAGAUGUUAGCUGUCGAAGAGCCUUUGAGGAAGCAGAAAAGCUGUACCUUGACGUCUUAACCAUCAAAAAGUCUGCCAGGGAGCUCUACACUGAAGAGCAGGUUGUUGCUACGGGAUCAGAACUAGCAAAGAUGUAUGAAACCGAGAGAUUCUUUGACGACAACAGAGAUGAGAAAAUGGAGAUGCUGAGGACCAUGUUGAGAGAGAGUCGAAGACGGGGGACGAUAUGA